UCAUCGUUUCUCUUUUUUAUUGUCUGCUUCCUCAUUUUCUCAGUUUUUCCAACUUUGGACAAUUGUUCCUUCGCUUGGUUAUUGACUGUAAAUGCAGUGAUGGUUUAAUAUGCAGUUUUAUUGUAAUUCACCUGCUCGUGUCGUUUCAGAACUGAUGUUUAUACGCUCACACACCCCUCCUGCUCACUUCCACUCGCUCAAACUCGUCGAGCAACACAAAUCUGGGCACAUUUUUUUUCUCACACUGACAGAACAGCACUACAUGUUUAAAGUAUGGGGGUGAGACGUCCCGGAUUAAACCAGAAACAGACAGAGAUGCGUUUCUUACUGAAGUGAACUACUCCCAGAGCUGAAAGAAGAACGAGUUGAUGGAUUAUUCUGUUCUCUGAAGAUCUCACGAUGACUGUAUACAAACCCUGAUUUCCUGUUUGCACUGAACACCAGCCACAUAACAGGUUUGGGAUCCGCAGAAGUGGGCCACUAUGUCACUUUCACAGCAGGUUCUGGUGAAUUAUGAGUACACAUACAUUGCUAGAGAUGGCAGAGAGGUGUCCAUCAAACCCAACGAGCACUACAUCCUAGUAGCCAAGACCAAUGAAACAUGGUGGCACGUCCGGCGGGAUGAAACCGACAAGCCUUUUUUCAUCCCAGCUAAUUAUGUGACCGAACUCCCACCUGAGAACAACCAACCUCCACUGGACCCUCCGGAAGAGUUCAGUGGAAGUGAAUCCUUCAAGUCCAAGUCAGAGACGGCUCCUGUUCGACUUCCCGCCAUCAUCGAGCCCGCGGAGGUCACGCUUCGAGUCCCUGCCUCUAUAAAACGAGACACGGAAAAAGACGGUCAUAGAAUAUCAACAUAUAUUAUUCCAAAGGAAUUCUUUGAACUAAAGGGUUUGGAUCCAGAUCCCAUAAAGACUGAAGCAGAGGCCGGUCCUGUGCCUGAACUUCACAUCUAUGACACAGUUCCAGAUAAGUCUUCCAAAACUUCUUCUCCAACUAAUGGGGAAACACCACCGUCUGUCAUACUGCCACCUGAACACACAGUCAACAUACCUCAAUCCUCAGAACUGGAGAUAAAAUCAACCGUAAAUGCAACGGAAAAGCCUCGGGUGGACUCGAAGGCCCUGGAUCAAGAUAUUCAGAUGCUCAAUAGAGCAGGCUGGGGUGACAUCUGGAACCCCAUGAAUAAAGACAUAAAUGUGUAUGAAAGUUUGGAUACGUUGCAAGAACCAGAAUCCUCAAAAGCCCAAGAUAACAUGACUGUAAACACUCUCACACCACAUAAGAAUAUGGUAGAGGAUGACAACGCUCUCACGGCGGUGUACGUAAACCUCCCCCGGGUGCGUCAGAGUACCACUGAAACCUCCAGUACCUCUCCAUUACAGGAGUUCCCGGAUCCUCCCGAUACCCUUCUUUUAGACUCAGCGGGAUGGGAGAUCCAUACUGACGACGUGAGCGGGCUAGAUUACUACUACCAACCCUCUACGGGCCGCAGUACCUGGGAUUAUCCGCUCAGCCACUCCAUGGAGUCGUCAGCGGGAACGGAAGAGGCCCGUUCUCCUCCCUCGUUCCCCCAGUCUCCCAUCAGCUCUCCCGUAGGCCCUGCUCCUCGGAGGUGGAGCUCGGACUGGGAGAAGGUGCUGGAUGAGACUUCUGGCAGGCAUUACUUCUUUAACACUGUGUCGGGUCAGAGCUCAUGGGAUCCCCCAGAGGACAUCACCUCACCAGGGGAGUUUCCGGACGAUUGCCCGCCUCCGCUUCCAGAGGAAGACUACCCCGCAUCUCCAGAUCUGGAGGAGGGAUCAUCUCCUCUCUCUAUGCCAGCAGAGUAUUCUUCGAUUAAUGUGAAGAAGGUCUCAAUCCCCAGGGCCAGUGUGGAUCACAGUGUCCCGCCGGGCUGGAACCUCAGCAUCGACCCUGAAGGAGUUUGGGUUUUCACUAGCGACUACACACAAGAACAGUGGAUCAAGUCGCUAGACGAUCGAGGACGGACGUAUUACUACCUAAUGGACGGCAGCAAGUCCCAGUGGAACUUACCUGAGUAUGGAGUGGGUAAUGGGGCCUCACCAGAGCAAGACACAAUGGGAUCCAAACAAACCUGGAGGCACAGUGCAGGAUACAACGAGAAUAAUGCUUACUCAUAUCCUCAGCAUACAACGGACAACAUCAUCUACAGCUCUGCUGAGAUAGGACAUAAUGUUUCAAAUUUGGAAAAGGCUGGAAUCCUGAACAAAACAAAGGUGUCUGAAAAUGGGAAGAAAAUUAGGAAGAACUGGAGUAAUUCCUGGACGGUUCUCCAUGGAGGAGUACUGACAUUCCAUAAGGAUCCAAAAUCACCAGCUGGAGCAUCGAGUAAGACAAAUCAGAUAGUCCCAGAAUUCACAGUGGAACUGAAAGGGGCAACAAUUAACUGGGCAACCAAGGAAAAAUCAAGCAAGAAAAAUGUUUUGGAGCUUAAGAGUCGUAAUGGCGUGGAGUACUUGAUCCAGUACGACACUGAGAGCAUCAUCACUGACUGGUAUAAAAUCAUCACAGAUACCAUACGCCAGCUGGAUCUGCGUCAGGAACCGGAUCAGCACCAUUCUGAAGAUGAAGAGGAAGUCAGUGAGAAGUCCUCAAGCUUAGACAGAGAGGACAGACCAUUCGACAAAAGAACUAUGAGCAAUGCAUCUCGUCAUCCUUCAUCCACUUCGGCAUCUGAAGCAGAUCAGAAGAAGGUUCGCACCAAACUGAAGAAGUUCCUCCUUAAGCGGCCCACCCUGCAGUCAGUCAAAGACAAGGGAUAUAUCAGAGAAAAUGUGUUUGGAUGUCACUUGCACAAUCUCUGCAGCCAAGAAAGGACGAGAGUGCCUAGUUUUGUGGAGAAUUGCAUCCGGACGGUAGAGAAAAGAGGUCUGGGGAUCGAUGGACUCUACAGAGUUAGUGGGAAUUUGGCGGUCAUCCAGAAACUGCGUUUCAAAGCAGAUCAUGAGGAUCUGGACCUGGAGGAAGGGAACUGGGACAUCCAUGUUAUUACAGGAGCGCUGAAGCUCUUCUUCAGAGAGCUGCAGGAGCCUCUCUUCCCUUACAAUCUCUUCAGUGAUUUCAUCACUGGCAUUAAAAUCCCCGAUUAUUACAAUAAAAUAUCACACAUGAGAAAUCUGGUACGGUCUUUGCCACCACCCAACCGAGACACAAUGGAGGCCCUCUUUAGCCAUUUACGCAAGGUUAUUCAACAUGGUGAUGAGAACCGAAUGACUGUGCAGAAUGUGGCUAUCGUUUUCGGCCCGACGUUGCUCAAACCUGAGGUGGAGACGGCAAACAUCACCACUUACAUGGUCUUCCAGAACCAGAUUGUAGAAUUCUUACUCAAUGAAUUUGAGUCGAUCUUCCACAUGUGAUUAACAUGAACUUGCACUGAAUACAAAA